UUUCCCUAUGCAUAUCAAUAAAACUCUCACAUUCAGCAUGUUUUACAGUUGGUAUAUACAGAGCGCUUUAGUGGUUCUAAAGAGGCCUGCUAAACUAAAGAGAUGGCAAGUGGUCACAAUAGUCUGAGUAGCCGAGUAGCAGCCUUCAACCCUCGCUAUGAGCGUCUGUUGAGUGUCAUACGGUGUGGUAAUGACAAGGACGCUAUUAGCUUGUUCUCUAGUGAGCAUUACAGUGUACAUCUGGAGAUAGAGUAUGUGUUUGAAGACCGCAUGAUGUACAAGAUUACCCCCCUGAAUUGGGCAGUGAGAUUCAACAAAGCAACUCUUUGCAAAUAUCUACUGGACCAUGGAGCAAGGCCUUUUAGCAACUUGGUCUAUGAGUAUUAUCCUUUGCAUGAGGCCUGCUGCAGAGGUUUUGAUGCCAUUGUAGCCAUUUUUAUCGAGAAGAGAUGUGACCUGAACAAAACGACUCCUAUCGACAAGGACACUCCUUUGCACAUAGCCUGUGUGAGAGGGAACGUUGGAUGUGUGCACUUAUUGCUGGGUGCGAAUGUGAAUCCUAGCCUGAGGAAUGCCGCUGGGCACACUCCUCUGGAGGCGGCUGUCUACAACAAUCAAGACGACCUCGUUAAAUUGUUUGCAGCAUACGGCAUCUCAAACAGUCCAGUCACCACCACCAGUGCACCAACCACCCUCACCCCGAACCUUGUGACACGUCCCUCCCACUCCUCACUGCAGAGAAGACACUCACUCAGCUCUCCCACAAGUUCUGUACAGAGGCUCAUUUCAACCGUGCGUCCCAGCUCAAGACCUACCUCUGUUCUUUUCAGCGAUUUUGAACAAAGUGUUGAACUUCGACCUCCUUCAAGAACUAACACAAUUACAACAACGUCAUCGCCAUCGAAAUCUCCCUGUCUCACUAACGGAGAUUCGUACUCAUCGUAUGUUCGUACUACAGCUCCUUCUAUUUCACCACUGGUCGACAGUGGAUGCAGCGAUUCCUUACGCCCUACAUACAUUUCACAGCUGUCCAUUGCAAGUCCAUCUUCGGCCAAUUCUCCCAGCCCUGUAGACAGAGAUGGCGGGCUGCAAAAGAACUGGAUGAGCAGCGAUUCUCGAAACCCAAAUCCCACGAAUACGCAGAGUGGCUACUACUACUCAAUGCCAUCAAAAUUCACUACAACAGAUACCACCCACGUAGUCUCUUCAACUAAACACCGCGUGCCUACAACCACCACCGCACACAAUGUAAAGAAUAGUGGUCAAUUCAAUAGUACGCUGAAUGCCUCUAAAACUUUCCCAGGGGUUGAGAUACCUGCUGCUGUGAAAAUCAGUCAAACCACUCAUGGAUACUCCGACCACAGAAGACCUGAAUUGAAGCAGAUGGGAUUUCACCGACCUUUGAAGGAUUCUUGUGGUAUUGUAACACCAUCAUUAUCAUUGUAUAAUCAAACAACUAGCUGUCCGGAAUCUCUUGCUUGCAAGGACAAAAUAAAAUGUGCUGCAGAAAAGAGAUUAAAAACUCUCACAAUUCCAAAAGCCGCUGCUCCAGUCGAGAUAUUAACUCCGUCCCCAUCGAGGGAACGGAUCAAUUCACUUGUACACUGUGUAACUAAUGCACUGGAGAGAGUACACUGUGAAAAUGGAGAGGAACUUUCUUCGACUCUAACCCAGAAAUUAUCUGCAGAAGUUGCUGAAACAGUUAGUCUCACACCCGAGCAUCUUGACUCUCUAGUACAACUAGCACUUGCCGCCCCCAUAGACACGAAAUCAAACCACCCCCCAAACCGUGACUUGGAGGUCCCGUAUGUUACAACGGCAGCUGUUGACCACCCGGCUGAGGCCCUGAGGGAGGUCGGAUUGAAUAUUGAGGAUCAUCCUCGUGAUGUGAGAAUGGGGGAACCUACUGACGGUUAUAUGAGCGUCUUGUUCAACCUACGCUCUAGUCACGAGACAAAUGGAACAUCAAAGACAAGCAAUAAUCAAGUUGUCAAGGUGGUCGUUCGUGUGUUUAAUCUUCGAGACCCCCUGGAGAGCAACUUGUACCACAGCCUUGACCCAGAACAACUGCUGGACACUGACAUGAGCACAGACCACAUCAGCGAAAUCGACAUUCUGCACCAGCUAUCUGACUCACCGCACCCAUGCAUUGCUCAGCUGAUGAAUCACUUCAAAGCUGACGUCUCAAACCAGUACGACAGAUUCGCACGACAAGCCUGUCUUGAUAAUGCAGACAAACUCUAUGUGACCAGAAAAGUGGCCGAUUUUAUUGUACUCUCAAUGCCAUGUAUAACACUAGGGCGAUAUUUCGAAGAUCUAAAGCCCACCUCAACUUGUGCCAUUUCAGAGACUAAAAUUCUUUCAAUUUUGUCUCAGCUUUUAUUAGCAACUGCUCACUUGAACCACCACAAAAUAGCACAUAACUCUAUUCAUCCGGACAACAUCUUUGUCGAUUGUGAAGAUCACGAUACAGUAGUAAUCUCUAACUUUGGCAAUGCCAUUUCUUUGGACAAUAUUUCGACUGAUGAAAUCAUAAAACUCCAGCAAAAACUGAGCACUGAUGUAGGUCGUGGUGGAUCACACCACGUAGUCGCACCUGAAGUGACGGAGGCCCUACUCACUGACUAUGAAAGCUCUCUGCUGAUUGACGAUAUGCCGGCUCUGUUUGAAACCAGCGAUUCGUACGCAGUUGCUCAAAUGGUGUAUGAGCUUGUUCUGGGUCCGAGUCACAAGUUUGUACGCGAGCUAGGAAGAAGUUGCUAUUCGUACAAUCAAAUUCCGAUUUUAAAUGGUCUUUCUCCACUUUUAAAUCACUUACUAAAGAUGCUGUUAGCUUAUGAUGCGGCUGCUAGACUGACGGCUUUACCGGGUGCCCUGGGCUGCCUAGUUCUUCUGUUUGGACCAAACCCAGCACAAAUCAAUUCGCUGAAAGAAUGCAAAGUUUGGUUGCUCGCCGAAACAUUGGAAUUCUUUUUGAGACCAUCUUUGAAGGAUAUUUCAAAAGAUUAUUCAGACUCACAUGCUAAACUUCUGUGUAUGUAUUUAACUAUUGCUAAUGCCAACCCUAGCCUGGUUUUCAAUGCUUGUCUUUUCUUCCAAGACCAGAUGAACUAGCAAAGAAGCCUUUUAUUCCCGUUUAGUGUUUAGUCUUUCCGUUUGUGUUGUGUUUUGAGAAUGACUGAUUGUGUGUGGUGUGUGUGUGCAUGUGUGUGUCGAUACUAAAAUUAAUGUUGUAUGACUAUACAUA